CAACGAUACUCUCCUUAAUCUCUCCCUCUCAUAUUCUCUUAUUCAAAUCUCCACUUCUUUUCUCUAUCAUGGGUGCAAAUGCCAUUGGUAUUGCACUACUGACGCUUCUGUGUCUGGGCCAAGCUCAUGGAGAUCACCACUCUCCCAAUGGGGUUGGUGGGGCUAUGAAGGAGAAGAAGAAGUGUGAUUAUUCCCAAGGGAGAUGGGUUUACAGUUCUUCGUAUCCUCUCUACAAAUCAUCAGACUGUCCCUUUCUUGAACCAGAGUUUGAUUGCCAGAAGAAUGGUAGGCCAGACAAACUCUAUCUCAAGCUCAGAUGGCAGCCCACUUCAUGCAAUUUACCAAGCUUCAAUGGAAUUGAUUUUUUGAGAAGGAAUAGAGGGAAGAGGAUCAUGUUUGUGGGGGACUCACUGAGCUUGAAUCAGUGGCAGUCACUCACAUGCAUGCUUCACACAGCUGUGCCGAAGGCUGCCUACUCAUUGAGAACGUGGCAAGGCCUCUCCACAUUCAAAUUCCCAGCAUACAAUGUUUCGCUAAUGCUGUGGCGUGAUGCACUUCUGGUGGAUCUAGUAAAAAAGAAUGGCACACGAGUUCUAAAACUCGACUCUAUCAACAGCGUAAAACCAUGGAAAGGGAUGGACAUUCUGAUAUUCAACUCAUGGCAUUGGUGGCUUCACAGCGGAAGACAACAACCAUGGGAUGUUAUUCAAUACAGGAGAAAUACAUACAAAGACAUGAAUCGCUUGAUUGCUUAUAAGCUAGCAAUGACAACAUGGGGUAGAUGGAUAGACUCCAAUAUAGAUUCUUCCAAAACCCAGGUUUUCUUCCAAGGCAUUUCCCCAGAUCACAGUAGUGGAAGUGAUUGGAAUGAGCCAAAGGCGACCUGCAGAGGACAAACAAGAGCAGUGCAAGGCACAAAGUACCCAGGAGGAUCAAAUCCAGCACAAGUUGUUGUAGAGCAAGUUCUGUCCCAAAUGUCGAAACCAGUUUAUUUGCUGGACGUGACAAGUCUUUCACAGCUAAGAAAAGAUGGGCAUCCUUCAAUCUACGGGUAUGGAGGCAAGCGUGGGAAUGACUGCAGCCAUUGGUGUCUUCCUGGAGUUCCUGAUACUUGGAAUCAACUCCUAUAUGCAUCCCUCAUCCACAAAAUUUGAUGUGUUAGUUGAGGAAUAGAGUUGGAUGAGUAUCCUUUUAGGUGGCUUGUUGAGGGUGUUUUAUAAUGUGCCACCGAGGUUAUAAUGAAACAAUACUAAUAGAGAUAAAGUAUAUAGGAUUUUAUACCUUUGGUAGCCUCGUAUAUAUAUAGAUACCUAUAUACAUAAUCUUAAGGCCAAGUCAAGGCCAAUAAACAAUGUCUUCUGCAGAAUCAUGUGGGAUAAGCAAUCAAAUAGGUUUUGUGAUCAAGAGAAUUAUUCUUCAA